UUUCCAGCAGGGAGCCAACGGAUGUUGCCAGGGUCCUCUGCUACUUGCUGCCGCGGUGUGAGUUCUCGCAGUAGUACACAAGUUUCUGGUCGUGGGCCGGGUGCUGUCGCGAGAUCUGGCGGCAACACGAUCAACCUGCUCGUUGACACACUCACACACUAACAGCAGCCACCCAGCAGCCGAGCGAGCCGAGCGAGCGCUGCUUGCCUGCCUGCCUGCCUGCCUGCCUGCCUGGCCGGGACUUGGACUGAACGCUGGAAGAACCGAAGAGGGGGAAUCCGACAUCUGGCCGCACAUCAUGAUUUUAGCACGUCGAUGUGCCUAGGUGGCCAAAGGAACACACUCGCAUCACGGAGAAGGCGGAAAUAAAUGUUAUGAGGGAAGAAUGGAGUUCCCAGAUCAUAGCCGCCAGUUGCUGCAGUGUUUGAGUCAGCAGCGUCACCAAGGUUUCCUGUGUGACUGCACCGUUCUGGUCGGGGAGGCUCGCUUCAAGGCACACAGAGCCGUGCUCGCUUCCUGCAGUAUGUACUUUCAUCUCUUCUACAGGGACCAGCUAGACAAAAGGGACGUUGUGCAUCUCAACAGUGACAUUGUGACAGCGCCGGCCUUCAGUCUGCUCCUUGAAUUUAUGUAUGAGGGCAAGUUGGAAUUCAGCACUCUUCCAGUGGAGGAUGUGCUGGCUGCAGCAAGCUACCUGCACAUGUACGACAUCGUCAAAGUGUGUAAAGGCAAACUGAAAGAUAAGGAGCGCUCGUCGCUUGACAAGAAGAUGGGUGAGGCUUUCGGACUCAGCUGUCUGGAGCGGGACAAUUCCUCGGACGGUGAACUGCACAGUGACAAGCAGCUCGGAAGGAGACAGUCCCGGGGGCUCCCGGGGGCCCCCUCCCCGACGGAACAGUUUGACACGAACAACAGUGAAGCGGGCCUCGCUGUCAGCGACUGUGAAAGGUCUGUGCAGAACAGACAGAAGGCAAACGGUCACUCCGGCAGGUCCCCACACCUUGUAGGUGUCAAUUAUGUGUCAGCAGAGGCCGAGCCUUGCGUCCAAACAGCUGGAAAAACAAAAGCUGAUGUCAGUAGUUCCACCGUAUCACUGUCCCAGAGGUCCCGGGCUUCGGAUGACAUGGACUGCGCUCUGGAUUUGUCUUUCAAGCCUCUGUCUAGCAGAGAUCCCUUACAGGCCUCCUACAUCUCGGGACAGCUGGCCCUCGACAGCCAGCAGCAGGGCACUGAGCCACUUGUUAAAGAUGAACACGACUUGCUGUCAGAGCAGGAGGACAGUGAGCCCAUGAGCCCUGAGAGCCAGCGCUUUGGGAAUAGUGCCAGGAGCUCAGUGGUGACAGGGUUCGCUGCCCUCUUCCCAGGCAACAACGGCUCUACCGUCGCCCUCCUCUCCCAAGAGGAAGACCUGAUGGACGAGGAGGGGGAGGCCUACGGGGGGAGGGAGGGCGCCCCCGGCAGGGAGGUGGCGGCAGUGGCGGAGGAGAGGAGGGCUCGGCUGCUUGGGGACAGCGAGGAGGAGGAGGAAGAUGACUUGGCCUCUUCGGACAUCUCCACCUCCAGCGGGGUGCUCCUUCCCGCAGGGCAACAGGCGUGCGUGUGCCCCCUUUGCAGCAAAAUCUUCCCCAGCCCGCACGUCCUGCAGCUGCACCUCAGCUCGCACUUCCGCGAGAAGGACGGCGCUCGCUCCAAGUUGUCCCCCGACGGCUCGGUGCCCACUUGUAUGCAGUGCAACAAGACCUUUUCCUGCAUGUACACCCUAAAGCGGCACGAACGCACACACUCAGGCGAGAAGCCGUACACCUGCGGCCAGUGCGGCAAGAGCUUCCAGUACUCGCACAACUUGAGUCGGCACGCGGUGGUCCACACGCGGGAGAAGCCACACGCAUGUAAAUGGUGUGAGCGCCGCUUCACCCAAUCCGGGGACCUGUAUCGCCAUAUCAGGAAGUUUCACUGUGGCCUUGUUAAAACGCUUGCCAUCGGAUAAAACGCGUUACCUGUGCCAUCACGACCCCAGUGUCUUUUCACACAUUGGUAUUCACACACUGGCAGUUUGGAUUCUACCCGACGCGGCAUUUUCUUGACACAGCAACUUUAAGAAAAACUGUCCCAGCUUGGCGAACAGCAUCAGUGUGGAAGCUGAACAAAGUAGAUGCACUUGUUUGUUUGUCUUGUUUGUCUCUGUGUUGACUUUAUUUGAGGAGCUGAAACGCAUCCUGGGGGCACAACACAGGAUGCUAACAUUUGUUUAUACAAUCGACUAUUUGUGCACAUGGGAGCUCAGAACCGUCCGUUUUCCUACUUUAAUACUAUUAUUGAUAUUAUUUAUUUGGGUGUUUGUAUUGUAACAAGUUCAAUAUUACGAGGCAGCAAAACUAAUGAAGUUAGACUACUGGAAUAUUUUUUCCAUGGAAGUUUUUAAAGGUCAACUUUCAAGGAUAUGUGAUAAAAACAUUAUGUACAUUAUUGUAUUUUGCCUUAGAAUCACCUGUCCUUUUUUUUUUUUUUAAUCAACAAAUGUGAAAUAAUUGAAGAAAUAAUUGCUACUUAAAAAUGUAUAUUCAAAGGAGUGACACAAAGCGAUAGUUCAUGCUUAUAACACUUGUGCCUCUUUACACUUCACUUUCGUGUACUUCUUGAAGAGUGAUCUAUCACCAUGCCUUUUGUCAAAUCCACUCACACAUACCAGAGGAUAACAAAGGUAAUAGGCAGCACUGGAAUUCUAAUUGAUCCAUGAGUGCCCUUACAAGUACGUGACCCAGCUAUGUAAAUGACGCUCUCAUCACGAAGUUAUUGAUUGUCGAAGAAGACAAACGGUAGACCAGUGUGUUAUUUCCUGGUAUUGCAGCAGAAUAAACAAAACAGUUCUUAGACACUGUUAGGGGCAAAGGAGGAAUUUCGGGGACGGAACGAGACAGGUGGAUCAUCACAGCUGUGCCAUUCUGUUAAAGCUACUGACUUUCUUUUGAAUUUAGCGUUCUCAUGCUCACCAUAGCUUCUUACUGUUUGUGUUACUACUGAUGAUGAUGAUGAUGAUGAUGAUGAAGCCUUUAGCGAUUAAAAAAAAAAAAAAAAACAAGUUUGUAGGCAUGAAGGAGUUGAACUUAUUGCUUGAAUAGCUUCUUUUUGUCUAAUCUGUCCUGAGAAGACUUGAUCUGAAUUUAUUUAUUAGCUUGGUUCAGGGUUUACUGGAGGUGUAUAUCGAUUAGCUCAAAAGUUGGUACUCAUUAACUGGUAUUGGGGCUAUCUUUUUAUUUCUUUGUGAAAAUCAAGUUACUGUAAUUGUGUUUUAAUAGAGAAAUGUCUGUCACACGGAACCUAGAGAAGCACUUGUUUUUAGCAUGCAUAGUUUCAACACUAUUUCCUAGGCUGCUGUUUCAAUUUGUAUAUUUAAUGUAAAUAUAUAUUCUAUUUAUGUGUUUUAAUACCCGUGUGGUAGAGGGAGUCAGGUGUUUUAUAAAGGUUGCAGCGUCUUCCUGGUGUGGGGUCGACAGUUAAGUCGACUGCAAAUCAGAUUCAAAGGAGUUUCAUUUAGCUCUGCUGUUCUGCCACAGGAAAUAGUUUUUCCACAAGCACAGCCAUAGUGAGUUGGCAUUGGCCACCUAUAGAAAUGGGACAAUAACGAGCAUUGUCUAUACACCCCCAACCCCCACUUCCACACACAAGUCCCAGGUAGUUCUCAAGAGAUCAUUGUGUAUCUCCGUCUGAGCUGCGAGGGGGGAAAAGGCAAGUGCACAUUUCUCUUAGUGCUUUGCUGUAUUGAAUGGAGGCAUUGGAAUGUGAGAAAUGUAUUUAGGCGAAGGGAAACCAAGGAGACUGUAAACAGGUGUAUUGUUUGGAGGCAUCAAAGUCCUGCCCCCCGCCCCAACCCUCCAAACCACACAGCAUGCAGUCAGAUAAAUGCUUCAUUGUUCUACUGAGAGGAGAGACCGCUGCGAUUUGAUUGCACACCAACAAAGAGAUUAUCUGAAUUAUCAUUGCAUCCCAUGUCCCCAAUAAACGUCUAGAAUACAGGUUCUCAAUCGGUUGCGCCUUUGGACCCACGUAUGCCACUUUUCUAACAUGAAAUAACUCAAAUGAAAUGUCGAAGUUCCACAAAAUAAGACUACAAAAUGUUUCACUUAUUUCGUUGCCUGUCAAAAUAUAAAGCCUGGCAUUGGAUGUACAUUAAAUAUUAGUAAAAAUGAAUGUCCUUUUUGUCUUGCUGUUUGCAACCCAAUGUUGGGUCCUGACCCACCAGUUGAGUGUCACUGAUCUAGAUGUAUUGACCCUGAACACUAACAUAUUCUAUCACAUUAUUUCAGGACGACACCUGUGAUUUUUCACUAUAGUUUAAUGGUUUGGUAGCAGAAUGUUUCUCAAGCAUCAUUGGCAACAACACAUCUUACACUCCCUCAGUUUAACCACUUUAGUGAGCACACCUAAUUCCAUGUACAUGGUUCUUGUGUAGUGUUAAUAAUGUACUGUAUACAGGCAGGAACAUGCUGCAGGCUUGGUCAGACGUUUUCUGAUAUUUGAAUGUACAUGUGUAUAAAAGCAGAAAAAAACAACUAACAAUGUAAAGAUUAGCAUUUCUUUUGUAGCUGUUAUUUAAAGCUCCAGGAUGUUCACCGACCGUGCCUUGUCGACACACAAAUAGGUGUUGCAUCUGGAGGAGACUCUGUUUGUACUUUGCGCACUCGCUCGUGUUCACACAACAGAAAAACACGAAACAAAACACGAUUGUUUUCACAUUGUGUACAAUUCAUUUACUUUUUGCUGCUUUGUGUGAGGCUCCAGGGAUGUCAAUUUAUUGUGUGAAUAAAUGUUUGGAGGUGUUAAACUGAGGACAAGCAUUUGUGGGUGUGUGUGUGUGUGUGUGUGUGUGUGAGAGAGAGCGUUUUGGGUUCCAGUAGUUCGUUGGGUCAUGUCACUGAUGGAUGUGAACUGCAGAGAUUCUCAUUGUUCUGUUUUCAUGGAAACAAAAGGCUAUGUUUUCCUAAAUCAUGCUGUAUGAUUUUGAGGUCAGACAAUGACCGUUAUACAACACUGGAAUGUCAUCCUCUGUUGCAGGUUCCAACUGUGAAAUUCUGUAAGAUCACAAGAAAUAUUUAUUACUGUAUUUGCUUCUCUUGCGGCCUCUGACUUUUAAUUUGGUUACAAUAUCUAAAUGUCAAAACGACACCUUUUAAAUAGAAACUGUAGAAGUGCCAUUAGAAUUUAAUAUACAUUUGUUUUUAAAUAAGAACAAUAUAUUUCAUAUCAAUUGCUUCAGUGUUAGUGGAGUAGAGAUUAGAGGACAAUCUGAUUAGAUACUGAGGCAAUUUACUGUGCAUUUUACUGGUUUGCGCCUUUUGUGUGUGCGUGUGUUUGUGGAGGUGUGUUUGUGCUGUGGAAAUGUGACAAUCUGGAUUUAGGACUUUAUAAGAUUAUGCAUAGAAUUAAAUGGAACAACUUUC